AUGUCCCAAAACACCAGAGGUCUCUUACAACACCCAUCCUCGAGUAGUGUUGGCGGUGAUGCCACAGGAAAUUCAUCAUCCCAACAACAACAACAAGGCUUAUCAUCUUUUCUUCAGCAACAUCAUCCGAACGGCCAUAAUUCUUUCAAUCCUCCUUCCAUAGGCUUGACCUCCUUUCUUUUGAAUCCUCCAUCCCAACAUCAUCCAUCCAUGAGUACUCUCAACAACAAUAAUAAUAACAUCAACAAUAGAGGAUCAAUUCAUAUUUCUUCCAAUCUGUCCUCAUCCAUGGCGAGUAGUAGUAGUGGCAGCGGUGGUGGUGGUGGUAUUCAUCCUUUUACCAUUUCCUCUUCAUCUUCUGUACCUCUCUCAGCUUCCUCCUCAUUGCCCUCUCUCCUCACAACAACUCCCUUUACUGCCACGACGAUUCACACCUCCAUUCCACCAUCACAUUUCCUUACUGGAUUACCACCCUCAACAACAAUGAGCUCAAACACUCCUUCCGAGAAGAAGCGAAAAACAUCCACAUCCGUCCACACUGCCCGAAACAUUACUAAUAAUGACGACGAUGAUGAAGAAGACGAUGACACACACAAGAUUGAAAUUGAUGACUCGGUGGCAGAUGAAACAACAACUCCCACCAAACCAAUGAGCUCAAUGACAAGUGCCACUCAAAGUGAUACCAAACGAAGGAAAGGUUCUGAUGGUACCAUUUCUUCUGUCUCAUCAUCGACACAAAAAGGCUGUAAUUGUAAAAAGACUGGAUGUUUGAAACGAUAUUGUGAAUGCUUUCAGAAUAACAAACGAUGUACAGAUAAGUGUCGUUGUCAGGGUUGUAAGAAUUAUGACGGCUGUCCUGAUUUGUGUCGAGUUUUGGAGAAGCAAACAAAAUCUGGAACGAGCUCUUCAGGAGGAGCGACGAAUAGCCAGAGAAAAGUCAACUCACAAAAGAGAAAACAAGCUCAGAGUCAAAGCAGUAGCUCAUCGGUGGGCAGUGGUGCGGCCUCAAUCCUGACGUCCAACACUUCUCGUUCUCAACAACCUUCUUCACAAAUUGGUAGUCCCUCCAUACUGGGAGGUGGAGGAAUUAUAAUGGCACAUGGAACAGUCCCGUCUUUUGCUGCUCAUCACUAUCAACCUCCACCGAUUAAUACGGAUCAAGUUUCAGCUUCAUUAUAUCAACAUCCUUUAAGCUGCGUCUUUGGCGAAGAGAGUGUUGUGGAAUUGUGUAAGAGACUUGUGAUUGCUUCUGUUCAACAGGAGCAAAUUUUCAUAGAUGAAUGGGCAAGCAAGUCCGGCACAUUGUUGUCACCACCCCUCACCUCUCCCAAAAACAAUUCCAAACCAAAGGAAACUGCUGCUGGAAGCAAUACAGACAAUUUUCUUUUGUGUGACGAGGAGGAUGUUACCAAUUCGACCGCGAACCUUAAUCAAGCACAACCUCUGCAAUCUCCACGAAAAAUCUAUCCGAAAGGUUUUGAGAAUGGACUCCUCAACUCAAUCAACACUCGUGUCGUGCAAGAGUUCAAGCAAUUUCUUACCCAACAGCCUUACUUUCAACAAACCGAUCAUCAAGAAUAA